CAGACCCAUGUUUGUCUGACUGUUGUUUCUAAAUCGUGUAGUCACUGUAAAGCUAGCGUCUGGUUCAUUGAAGAAGAUUUAUUCAUAUAUCAACAGAAAAACAACUAAAAACCUUCAACAUGUCUAUAAUGUCGUAUAAUGGGGGGGCCGUCAUGGCCAUGCGAGGGAAGAACUGUGUUGCGAUCGCAGCGGAUCGCAGGUUCGGCAUCCAGGCUCAGAUGGUCACCACAGACUUCCAGAAGAUCUUCCCCAUGGGGGAGCGGCUGUACAUCGGGCUGGCCGGUUUGGCGACGGACGUUCAGACAGUGUGAGCGUCUUCUUCCACAAACAGAACUUUUUUACUGGUUUCAACGUGAUUCUGACCCGAGGUUUGUGUUUAGAUCUCAGAGGCUAAAGUUCCGACUGAACCUGUACGAGCUGAAGGAGGGGCGCCAGAUCAAACCUAAAACCUUCAUGAGCAUGGUGUCCAACCUGCUGUACGAGAGGAGGUUUGGACCGUACUACAUCGAGCCGGUGAUCGCCGGACUCGAUCCCAAAAGCUUUGAGCCGUUCAUCUGUUCCCUGGAUCUGAUCGGCUGCCCCAUGGUGACCGAGGACUUCGUGGUGAGCGGCACGUGCUCGGAGCAGAUGUACGGCAUGUGCGAGUCUCUGUGGGAGCCCGACUUGGAACCGGAGGAUCUGUUCGAGACCAUCUCCCAGGCGAUGCUGAACGCCGUCGACAGAGACGCCGUGUCUGGAAUGGGCGUCGUCGUCCACGUCAUAGAGAAAGACAAGAUCACCACACGAACCCUGAAAGCCAGGAUGGAUUAGUUUCUGCACCCGCUCUUACUUUUGUAAAAAACAAAACAAACAAAAAAAAUGUACUGUCUGAUUUCCUACUGAUGUGGUUCAAUAAAAGAGAUUUAAAAGCAGAA